CAGGCCAUCGCGUGUCCCACGCUACCGGGGCUGGCCGGCAGGCAAGCGUCGGAGGCCCGGGAGCCAUGGGCGACUGGGGCUUCCUGGAGAAGCUGCUGGACCAGGUCCAGGAGCACUCGACUGUGGUGGGCAAAAUCUGGCUGACAGUGCUCUUCGUCUUUCGCAUCCUCAUUCUGGGCCUGGCAGGAGAGUCUGUGUGGGGUGAUGAACAGUCCGACUUCGUGUGCAACACAGCCCAGCCGGGCUGCACCAAUGUCUGCUAUGACCAGGCUUUCCCCAUCUCCCACAUCCGCUACUGGGUGCUGCAGUUCCUCUUCGUCAGCACACCCACCCUGGUCUACCUGGGCCACGUCAUCUACUUGUCCCGACGUGAAGAGAGGCUGCGGCAGAAGGGGAUGGAGCUGCGGGCGCUGCCCACCAAGAACUCCCAGGUGGAGCGUACCCUGGCAAUCAUAGAGCAGAAGAUAGCCAAGAUCUCCACGACGGAGGACGGUCGCCUGCGGAUCCGUGGGGCACUGAUGGGCACCUAUGUGGCCAGCGUGCUCUUCAAGAGCUUACUGGAGGCUGGCUUCUUGUUUGGCCAGUGGCGCCUCUAUGGCUGGCACCUUGAACCUAUAUUUGUGUGCCAGCGUGCACCCUGCCCCUACGAAGUGGACUGCUUCGUCUCACGCCCCACGGAGAAAACCAUCUUCAUCAUCUUCAUGCUGGUGGUUGGAUUCAUCUCCCUAGUGCUCAAUCUCCUGGAGCUGUUGUACCUGACUGGCCGCUGCCUGGGCCGGGAAUUGAAGGCAGCCCAGCAGAGUAGGGAGAUCACUGCAGCACUCUCAGCCCGGGCUCCGGCCUCAGAUCCUUAUGCUGACCAGGUUUUCUUCUACCUCCCCAUGGGCGAGGGGCCCUCAUCCCCUCCAUGCCCCACCUACAAUGGGCUCUCAUCCAGCGAACAGAACUGGGCCAAUGUGACCACGGAGGAGAGGCUGGCAGCUUCCAGACCACCCCUCUUCCCAGUCCCAGAGCCCCAGGGUGACAGGAAAUCCCCCAGUCGCCCCAGCAGCUCUGCUUCCAAGAAGCAAUAUGUAUAGAGACCCUGGGGCUCAUGUCACCCAGCAAAGAGGUCCAGGGGAUUCUGGCAGCCUGGGUCACCCUUCCUUUUAGGCAGAGCCAGAUGAAGGGCUUGGGGGUGGAGUGGAGAAGUGAUUGUUGGCCACACACCCCACAUGACUUUAUGGCAGAUUAUCUCGAACGUCCAGGGUCUUUCUGUGCACUGGUUUUCCUGCAGGCACAAGCAGAGCAGUUUCAGAGUUUUUGGCAAGGGUGUUAGGGACCCGCCGGCCUGUCUCCUGCUCCCAAGGGGCCUGAAGUUGAUCCACCUCAUCCCCUGGAAAGGUCACCUCAUCCUUGACUGUUCUUACAGCUAACUUGUUCUCAGAGAAAAAGGCUGGUAGAGGCUGCUGGGUC